UAGUUUAUGAAUUGUAUAUUGAUCUUUAUUCCCUUUCGAAAAAAUUGACUUGAUUAGCCUCCAUGCUGCAAUGGAAUUAGUCUUCCAACCCUGCAGUGGAAUUAGUCUGUCGCCAGCAUUGUUAUAGUAGAUUAACUUGACAGCUGUUAGUGGGUUUCAAGGAUGUCGAUGAAUAGACGUUUGGAAUUCGGGAGGCCUGUCUCAAGUAAAAGAAGAUUGAAGGAUUUAUUGGUUCAAAAAGAUAAUCGUUUUUGCGCUGAUUGUGGUUCUCCAGAUCCUAAAUGGGCGUCAGCCAAUAUUGGAGUUUUUGUAUGCUUAAAAUGCUGCAGUGUGCACAGAAGUCUUGGUACUCAUAUAUCAAGGAUUUUGUCGGUGACAUUGGAUGAAUGGUCGGGUGAUGAAAUAGAUGCAAUGAUGGAAGUUGGAGGAAAUGCCUCUGCAAAUUCAAUUUAUGAGGCUUAUAUCCCGGAAGGAUAUACAAAGCCUGGACCAGAUGCCAGUCAUGAGGAACGUGAAAAAUUCAUCAGGGGAAAGUAUGAGCGUCAAGAAUUUUUGAAACAUAGUCUGCGCAUUGUAUCAAACAAAAGCAAAAGCAAUCGUCAAUCAAGUUUCGCCAAAAAGAUUAUGGAUAGCUUUCGAACUACUAGUGGUUCAAAGAAUAUGGAAGGAAUGGUAGAAUUCAUUGGAAUGUUGAAAGUGAAAGUGGUCAAAGGCACAAAUUUAGCAAUCAGAGAUAUGAUGACAAGCGAUCCAUACGUUAUUUUGAAGCUUGGCCAACAGACUGUUCAGACGGCCAUAAUAAAGAGUAAUUUGAAUCCGGUUUGGAAUGAGGAACUUAUGUUAUCUGUUCCUCAGCAAUAUGGAACGAUAAGUUUGAAGGUAUUUGAUCAUGACUUGUUUUCGGCGGAUGAUAUAAUGGGAGAAGCAGAGAUUGAUCUUCAACCUCUGAUAACAUCUGCGAUGGCAUUUGGAGAUGCUGGAAUGUUUGAUGAUAUGCAAAUAGGAAAAUGGCUGAAAUCAAAUGACAAUGCACUUGUAGAAGAUAGCAUAGUCAAUAUCAUUGAUGGUAAGGUUAAACAAGAUAUGUUAAUCAAGCUUCAGAAUGUUGAAUGUGGAGAAUUAAACUUAGAACUUGAGUGGUUAUCUCUUGAUCAUUAGGUGAAUUACUGUUAUGAAUCUCUUCUUAUUGGUCUGUUAAAGAAAUAUCUAUAUAUUUUGUUUCUACUUAGUACACUAGUUUUUUUGAUCAAAUAGAGAUAAUGUUUGGUUUGAAAUUCCAAUAUUCAUGUUGAUUUAGAUUUUGGGUUCAUGGGAUUGUGCCAAAUUUAAUUUGAUACACAAAUUGAUUUCGUUUCUAUUGCAGAAGUGUGCAUCAUGGCUAUUUGACUAGGUUCUCAUAGCUUGUUCUACUUUAAGGUCGGAUGAGUAUAAAUACAAUUGAAUACAAAUUAGUCAAAUCUUUUUAAAAUUUAAUGAGGUCUAUUAAGGCCGCCCAAUUAAAUAGAGUUGGAGAAUUUGAUAUUUUACUUGUGUUUUGCGAUCGCUUAGAUCCAGCCCUAAAUAAUGACACCGAAAAAAAAAUUAGAACUUCAUCAACUUAGCUAUGUGUUCUCUAAGUUUUCCACUAUACCACCCCCUAUAAACAAUCAUGUCAUUAUCCACUAUCUUAGUAUAAGUUUUCCACUAUACCACCCCUGUAAACAAUCAUGUCAUUAUCCACUAUCUUAGUAUUAUUUAUACUAUUACCAUAGCUUUUGUCACUAUGGUACUUCCAAACUCCAUAGAGGGUCUCAGUUGCGGCUAAUUUCAAAAUAGAUGUUCUCCACCCUUUUCCCUUCGUACACCGGAUUAAUCACGUAAGCACCUCAUUCCAUUCUUUGGGAUUUCGCUUAACUUGGAUCCAGUCAAGCACUUUGGACCAAAUAAUCUUGAGCUCAGAGCAUCCAUAGAACAAAUGUUUAAUGGUUUCCUCAUUUGAACAAAAACAACACUGUUAGCCACCAUACCAAACUUGAACAGACGAUGUUUGGUGGUCAAUCUUCCAUGGCACGCAAGCCAUAAAGUCAUAAGCGCCCUAGGCCUUGCAGCAUUAUAGUGGAAACGAUUGCGCCAAAGCAAUUUUGGAGUAUCAAUUCGCAACAUAUUGUACACAU